AUGACUUUUAUGCCAAUUCCUCAAGCACUUGAACAUUUCAAACAAAAUAAAUUUGUUAUUGUAAUGGAUGAUGAAGGUCGUGAAAAUGAAGGUGACUUGAUUUGUGCAGCUGAAAAUGUUACUACAGAACAUUUAGCUUUCCUUGUUCGUCAUUCUUCUGGUUACGUUUGUGCCCCAAUGAGCAACAAGGUUGCCGAUAAAUUAGAUUUACCAUUAUUAAGAACCGGUAUGAAAUACGUUUCAAAUGCUGAUGAUAGACAUGGUACUGCUUAUACUAUCACAGUUGAUGUUGCUGAAGGUACGACAACAGGUAUUUCUGCUCAUGAUAGAGCUUUGACUUGCAAGAGUUUAGCUCAACCAAAUUCUAAACCAACAGAUUUUUUAAAGCCUGGUCAUAUUUGUCCAUUAAGAGCCGCUGAUGGUGGUGUCUUAAAGAGAAGAGGUCAUACUGAAGCGGCUGUUGAUUUAUGUGAAUUAAGCGGUUUACAACCUGUCGGUGUUAUUUGUGAAUUAGUUAAUGAUCGUGAUGGUUCAAUGAUGAGAUUGGAUGAUUGUAAAGAAUUCGGUAAACAAAAUAAUAUUCCAUUAAUUACAAUUGACGCAUUAGCUGAUUAUAUCAAAUCUCAACAAUAA